CUCAUUGCUGUUAUUUCAGUAAUAUUUGAACCCAGGAAUUCGCCUAAAUCCGAGCAAGUACUGUGAUGAAAUCAGAGACCAGAGAGAAUUGACAAUCAAUGUUUUCACUCUGCAUUGAAAUGAAUAAUUUGUGUAGUGCAGCUAAACACUGACAUCUGCAGGGCUCGCAAUGAACUGCACCCAAACGGACUCGUGUCGUCAUCAAUGUGAGACGAAAAUGGGUGAAAGGUGUCUCAGUCAAUUGCAGGGUGAUUGAGGUGAGUAUCUGCGUUGAAGAUGAACCUGAACAAACUUAUCGUUUUGUCAAGAUCGGUCAAACUUGGGAGAAAUGUGUUUGCUGCACGAGAUUGUCUGCAUCACUUUCAGUCGCGACGCUCCAUUAGAUCCAGUGCGAGGAGUUUGGCAUAUGCCAAAGAUCUGUUCCUGGGCAAAGUAAACAAGGCUGAAGUCUUUCCCUACCCAGAAAUCAGUAAUGAAGAAUUAGAGGAAAUAAACCAACUUGUUCAGCCUGUGGAAAAGUUUUUCAAUGAAGAUGUUGAUUCCAUGAAGAUUGACCAUGAGGCCGUAAUUCCUCCUGAGACUUUAAAUGGGCUGAAGGAACUGGGGCUGUUUGGGAUCCAGAUACCUGAAGAAUAUGGCGGUCUGGGCCUCUCAAACACCAUGUAUGCCAGGUUAGGAGAGAUCACGUCUUUAGAUGGGGCUAUUGCAGUCACACUUGCAGCACAUCAAGCUAUUGGCCUAAAGGGUAUACUGAUAGCUGGAAAUGACGCUCAGAAAGCAAAAUACCUGCCCAAACUAGCAACAGGAGAGAAUGUUGCAGCUUUCUGCCUCACUGAACCUGGAAGUGGCAGUGAUGCUGCAUCUAUACAGACACGCGCCACACUGACAGAAGAUGGCAAGCACUUCUUGCUCAAUGGCACAAAGUUUUGGAUUUCCAAUGGUGGCUGGGCAGACAUCAUGACUGUGUUUGCCAGAACUGAAGUUGUUGACAAAGACGGUCAAAAGAAAGAUAAGAUCACAGCUUUCAUUGUAGAGAGAGCGUUCGGUGGUGUCACCAGUGGCAAGCCUGAAGACAAACUGGGCAUCAGAGGUUCAAACACCUGUGAGGUUACAUUUGAAGACACCAAAGUGCCAAUUGAGAAUGUCAUUGGUGAAGUUGGUGGUGGUUUUAAGGUCGCCAUGAACAUUCUGAAUAAUGGGCGCUUCAGCAUGGGCAGCGCAGGUGCGGGGAUGAUCAAGAGGCUGAUCGAGUUGACAUCAGAAUAUGCAUGCACAAGAAAACAAUUCAACAGGAGCCUUUCUGAGUUUGGAAUGAUUCAGGAUAAGUUUGCUACCAUGACCCUGAAUGCGUUUGUGAUGGAGAGCAUGGCUUAUCUCACUGCUGGAAUGAUGGACCGACCUGGAGUUCCAGACUGUUCUUUGGAGGCUGCUAUGGUCAAGGUCUUCAGCUCUGAGGGCAGCUGGAUCUGUGUGAGCGAAGCCCUGCAGGUUUUAGGAGGGCUGGGCUUCACCAAGAACUACCCCUACGAGCGCUACCUCAGGGACUGCCGCAUCCUCCAAAUAUUUGAGGGCACUAAUGAGAUUUUGAGGAUGUACAUUGCACUUACUGGAAUGCAGUAUGCCGGCAAAAUACUAACAGGAAAAAUAAAGGAGCUGAAGAAGGGAAAUGUGGGGGUGGUGUUUGAGAUUCUGGGAAAGAAAUUGAAGGACUCGGUGGUGAGGACGGUGGACUUUGGACUGACCGGCAAAGAUGGCGUUGUGCACCCCAGUCUGACGGAGAGCGCCAAAAUGUUUGAGCAGAACGCUGCACACUUCGGCUCCACUGUGGAAAGCUUACUGUACCGAUAUGGAAAGACAAUUGUCGAGGAGCAGCUUGUGCUGAAGAAAGUUGCAGAUGUAUUAAUUAACCUCUACGCCAUGACAGCCGUCCUGUCCCGCAGCAGUCGCUCCAUCAGCAUCGGCCUGCGCAACCAUGACCAUGAGGUGCUGCUCACCAACACUUUCUGCAAGGAUGCUCAUUUCAAGAACAACUACUUGUUGACUCAGCUUCAAAAAAAUUCCCCGGAGAACAACGAUGCCAACAUAAAGAAGAUCGCCCAGGACGUCUUAGCUAAGAGGGCGUAUAUCUGCUCACAUCCUCUGGACAGAACCUUCUGAGAUGGCUCUUGUUGUCCGAAAGGUUUCCCACAACCUUGUGUCUCAGUUUAACCCAACAAAAAUUAGAGGAUCUGCUACGAUUAUUUAAUUAAAUAUACUUAUGUUUCUCACAAUAUGCAGUCUUGAUUGAGCCUCACUCUCCAAUGUUUUAGUUCUUUUUAUAUCAGUUUUCUAGUGCCACCUAAGUGCAUCUUAAUAUUGGUUGAAUGACAUAAAAUCCAAGUCAUUACAAAACAAUACCUUUAAUGCACAUGUAAGGUGAUGUCUUUGUUGGUUCUCAUCUCUGUGAUGUUUCUGCUGUGUUUGAAGUGGGCAGUUAUCAUGGGUGUCUUUGGUGCUUCAGCAGGCUUCUGACAGGAGUGUUUGCGUUUCUCUUCAUCUGUGAGCGUUAAAACACUACGCUUGUGCAGAAAGGAAUGUGGCCUCCAGUAAUCUCUGUUAAAAAAUCUGAACGUUACUGACAGAGCAGUUUAAAACUAGAUUAAAAAAAAAUAAAAAAAAUUCUCAUUUCUGCACGCCAGAAGUGCUUCCAGUGUUUGUUUCGAGAAUUUAUAUAAGUAGUGUGAAUGGUUCACACUUCUUUCCGAGUUGUGGUGCAGAAACUUAGCCUGUUAUUAAUUAUUAAACCGUACAAGGAUUAUGUCUAACCUGAAGUGGAAUUUGCUGUACUGGGACGAGUAUCUUGGAAUUGUGUUUUUGUCCCAGCUCAGGCUGUGGUUCUGAAAAGGUCCAGGAGCAAAUGGAAUAUUGGCCUCCCUCUCUGCUGAGCCGGUCUUUUCAGAAGGCUGGACCACAGAAAUAAUGGGAAUGGGCUGAGGGGGGGUGGGAAACAGGGAUUAGAUCUAGAAUAGCAAACCUAAACGUUUUAAAGAAAAGUAUGUUUGUUGGAGAUCUCUCUGUUAGGAGACAUAACGGUCUGUCCAUGUGAUUUCUAAAAAUGUUAAUCUAACAAUAAAUCUGAUAUAAUUUUCAAAAUGA